AUGGCCCAACAGGCGUCGAAGUCAAAAUGGAAGGUCGGAUCUUUUCUACAGCAGGCCGUUGCUGGUGUGGAAUCGAGACUGGAUCUGAUCCUAGCUGAGGACGAGCAACAGCCUUCUCAGUCUAAGCCUGUGGCGGCAAAGCAUUACCAGAGUGGUGACCUUUCCCGGAGUUCAUCCAAUGCGCGGAAAAAUGAUCGCCUUCAAGAACGACUCGCUCGGGCUGUUGUGAAGUCUAACACUCCGGAAAAUGCCUCCUCGUCCUCUCCCCCAAGCCGCGUCGCUUCCCCUGCGUCUAGUUUCCUUCCAAACAACGACGCGCGAUCGAGUGUGGACGUCGAGUCGAGCUCUGGGUCCCCUCGUGGCAGUACAGAGAACGUUCCCCAGAGCCUUAGUCCCCCGCAUGGGAGCCUGGCAGACUCUAUGACCAGCCACGACUCGAGCGGUCCUCAACGAACCUCAGGAGAGAUCGUUCUUUCGCCUGCAGACGAUACUGCCCAGAAAGAUACAAGUGUGGAUGAUACAGCAGGCGACUCGCAAGACACAGCUGACACAAAACCAGCAGCAGACGAGCCUUUUCCCUCGUGCGUAUCGGGAGAGCUCACUGAAGCAACUACAGAUGUUUCUGCAGGAACUGUGGAGGGAUCUCCCAGCGACCAUGAGAAAACGAUAUUGCGAUUGCAGGAAGAACAUAAAGCGGCGGAAUUGCACUGGCAGGAGGAAACGUACGGAUACAUCGAGCGUAUCGAUGCCCUGCAGUCCAAGUUAAAAUAUCUGGCUAAAGAAGCUGCGGAUUCCGCCAAGAAAGCUGCAGCGAUAGUGGAACCGGGAAGUUUGGAAAAGCAGCUUCGGGAGAAGGACGAGAAAAUAGCAUUGUUACUGGAGGAAGGACAAAAGCUUUCGAAGACGGAGAUGGACCAUCGGACGGUAAUCAAGAAGCUUCGCCAGCAGUUGUCGGAGAACUCAAAGCUCCAGACCGAACAGAAAAAGAAGACCGAUCGAUUAGAAAGGGACCUAGUCACCUCGGAUACCCGGGCCAGACGUGCAGAGGCUGCCGAGAAAAGAGCAAACGAGUCGCUUUCUUCCCAGGCCAAAGUCUCUCGAGACCUCGAUGCUGUCACGGCUGAACGGAAUGCAUUGAGCCAGACAGUCCAAGAAAUGAAAGGCCAACUCGCCAGAGCCGUCGCGCGUGCUGAAGCCUCCGAAGAAAAGGCACGCUCCGAUGUUGUAGAGCAGCAAAAGCGACAUGCUUCCCAGCUGGAAGAGGAGCUGACCAGCACCAAGAUCGAGCGCGAAAUUAGCGAGGAGAAGCUGCGACGAGAGAUUGCCGAUCUGAAGGAGACUAUCACACAAGAAAAGGAGAGAGCGCGGAUGCUGGAGGCCGAACUGAAAGGCGAGCAGUCAAUCCUGGAAAGUAAGAUGGAGUCGCUUCGUUCUCGAGCGGAGGAAGCUACUUCGGGGGUUGCCAGCGAUGCGCAGGCCAAACUUCUACGGCAGAUUGAGACCUUGCAGACACAGUAUGCCGUGGCCAGCGAAAACUGGCAGACGCUGGAGGGCUCGUUACUUGCGCGGCUAGCCAAUGUGGAAAAGGAGCGAGACGAAGUUGCGCGGCGAGAAGGAGAGAUGCGACGAAAGGUUCGAGAAGUGAACCUUAAGGCUAAGAGAACCGAGGAAGAACUGGAAAGUUCCAGGGAGAACGAGCGUGAUCUAGAGAGCAAACUUGAGGAACACACGCAGGAGCUACAGAAAAUAGAGCAGAAGCUACAACAAGCCAACGACGAUCUGAAUUCGGCACAGAAUGACCUCGUUGAUCAGAAGAAGAUGUGGGAUGCGACCUGGACGCAGAAACUGGAAGAGGAGCGAGCUAGAUGGAAGGAACAAUAUCUAUCCCCAAUGAGUCUCCUCCGGACAGAAUCACCCGCUGGCUUCAGUCGCCGAUCGAGUAACCUCGAGCCCGUAGGUUCUCUAUCGGACCACAGGCCUAUGAGUCGUCGGCCCUCGGCAUUGCAUAUGGCCUCGUCGGAAUUGGGCACUCCUCCACGACAGAACUCCUUCCCAACUUCCGUUGCCAACAGCGUAAUCCCAGAGACCCCGUCACUUGCAUUCGAGCCAGAUGAGUUUUUCAUGGGCGUUGGCACGCCGUCUGCUCUCGGGGGUGCGCAAACCCAGCACUCGCGCGGGAUCAACGAUAUAAUUUCCGAGUCUACCGUUGGUGCUGGUCCAUCCGUUCAGUUAGUCGAACGUAUGAGUGCGACUGUUCGCCGGCUGGAGAGCGAACGCGCGGCGUCAAAAGACGAACUCGCGCGGAUCACUACUCAACGAGACGAGGCUCGACAGCAAGUUGUCGAUCUGAUGCGAGAGUCCGAAGAGAAGAAAGAGGCAGACGCUCGCAUUCAGGAGCUUGAAAAGCGCCUGACAGAGCUAGACCAGCGGUAUCUGACCACACUGGAGAUGCUGGGUGAAAAGAGUGAGCAGGUGGAAGAGCUCCAGGCUGAUAUCACGGAUCUCAAGAAAAUCUACCGUGAACUGGUGGACAGCACCAUGACAUGA